AUGAUCAUUCCCUUUGCUGUUAUGACUAUCAUAGCAGCCGUUCUCACGCUUUUCGGCUUGCCGGAAACGAUGGGCACAGCAUUGCCUGAAACAAUUGCUGAAGUGGAGGGGGAAGAAGAAGCAUUAUCACAAAAAUCUCAAUCUACUCGUCCAAAAUUGACGGCGGAUGAGGACGAUUUGAACCUCAAAUCUGAAGAAACUGAUAAUAGUACUCGAACACAAAAAAUAUCAGGCAUUGAGGAAGACUAG